ACAAGAAAAAGUAAAAAUUGCUGAAUUGUUGUUUUCAUUUCUCUUGGAAAAAUUGCGGCAUUACUGUGUUGCCAAAAGGCGACGUCUCUAUCCUCUAAAAUAAGAGAACAUUUUGAAAUGUAGCAGUGAGGUACCUCCAUAUCCUAUCGCUCGUCUCUUUCGGGAAGCCAAAACCCUAACCCUAACCCUAACCCUCAUUCUCAACCCCAAACCUGUUGAUUGAUUCUAAUGGAACCGACUAACGACGAUGACCACAGAGCUAACGGCUCCGAUCACAACCAUUUAGCCAAGAGACCCAAGCUAUCCAGCUCCGCUCUCAUUACGGACUCCGAAAUACGAGCAGAGUUCGCCCACCACCAAUCGGGAAUAGCUCGUAUCAACAACGGCAGCUUCGGUAGCUGUCCGUCGUCCAUCAUUGCAGCUCAAAAGCGUUGGCAGCUCCGUUUUCUCCAGCAACCCGACGACUUCUUCUUCAAUUAUUUACAAAAGCGGAUUCUUCACUCUCGGACGAUUAUCAAGGACCUUAUAAAUGCUGAACACGUGGAUGAGGUGUCUCUUGUUGAUAACGCCACCACUGCCGCCGCUAUCGUCCUUCAACACGUCGGCUGGGCCUUCGCUGAAGGCCGUUUCCAGAAAGGAGACGCCGUCGUCAUGCUCCAUUGCGCUUUUCAGGCCGUUAAGAAAUCAAUUGAGGCUUACGUCACCCGUGCUGGUGGUUCUGUGAUCGUUGUUCAUUUGCCGUUUCCUCUUCGUUCGGAAGAAGAGAUUGUUGCCGAGUUUCGAAAAGCAUUGGCCAAGGGAAAAGCCAAUGGGAAAAAGGUUCGAUUGGCCAUCAUUGAUCACAUUACAUCAAUGCCGUGUGUUGUUGUUCCUGUGCGUGAUUUGGUUAAGAUUUGUAGGGAAGAAGGCGUAGAGCGGGUGUUUGUCGAUGCUGCCCACGCCAUUGGCAAUGUUCACGUGGAUGUUGAAGAAAUUGGAGCUGAUUUUUAUGUAAGCAACUUGCACAAGUGGUUCUUUUGCCCUCCAUCAGUUGCCUUUUUGUACUGUCGUAAAUCGCCUGUAUCCCCUGAUCUACAUCAUCCUGUGGUGUCACAUGAAUAUGGUAAUGGACUAGCCAUUGAAAGUGCAUGGAUAGGGACGCGAGACUACAGCUCGCAGCUAGUUAUACCUGAGGUGUUAGAAUUUAUAAAUAGGUUUGAGGGUGGGAUUGAGGGAAUUAGGAUGAGGAAUCAUAAUGCUGUGGUUGAAAUGGGGCAAAUGUUGGCCACUGCGUGGGGAACAGCGCUUGGUUGCCCUCCUGACAUGUGUCCAAGUAUGGCAAUGGUUGGUUUGCCUGCUAGCCUUGGGAUUCUCAGUGAUAUUGAUGCUUUAAAUUUGAGAACUCGUCUGCGCGGCCAUUUUGGGAUAGAAGUCCCAAUUCACUACCAGGAAAUAAAAGACUUCCAGGAUGGUGAUGGCUGUGUUACAGGAUAUGUUCGGAUUUCUCAUCAGGUUUACAAUACAGUUGAUGACUAUCUAAAGUUGAAGGAUGCUAUUCUUCAGCUUGUGCACGAUGGAGUUACUUGUAAGAUGCUUAGCCCAGUAUAAGAGGAAUUCUGCAGAGAGUUCCUUGAUAGGUUGUUUCUCUAGUUUGGUUCAAGUUUUGUUCUCUGGAAAAACAAAUUGUAGAUGUUUUCCUGUUAUCGAGAAUAAUCCUUGUACGAGAAGAUUGUAAGCUAAUAAAUGCCUAUUAUUGUUUCAGUUUGGAGUUAGAAUUAUGAUUGUAUUUCUAUGUUA